UUUGUAAACAUUGUUUCAAAGCUGACCCCGUUAAAAGAGAGAGAUGACGAAGUGUCAGAGAAUUCCAACUCUUCCAUGCAUUUUCAUUUUUCUAGGGUUUCGGUGUAGCUUGUAAAACCUCAAGCCACUAAUCAUCUUCUGCAAAUUACGAGAUGCAUGAAUUGUUCAUUACAGACACAUUGGCAUUGGAAGAAAAUAAAUGUUGAUCAUAUGCGACAGAAAUGUGUUGCCAAGCAAAUCUCUACCAUCUAGGCCGUUUGUGAGUCAGCUGUUUUGCUUGAGUUUCAGGGUUUGUCGUGGGAAAUCCGUCUGACACCUCAUUAGAGUUGGAAAUUGUUGCCAUGUCAUUUCACAAUUAUCUGGGGCUUUAUCCAAGAUGAGUUUUAGGAUCAGCAUCUGAUUCUUUAAGCAUGAAUUACAUAAUUGGAGCUUUCAAGCCACCAUGCAACAUAUCAAUAUCAUUUGCUGAUGGAAGAACUCGAAAACAGGUUCCUUUAAAGAAGGAAAAUGGCCAAACUGCAUUGGUCCCCCUUUUCCAAAGCCAGGAGAACAUUGUUGGGGAGGUCUCGAUUGAACCAAUCCCAGGAAAGAAGGUUGAACAUAAUGGUGUGAAAAUCGAGCUUCUUGGCCAAAUAGAGCUUUACUUUGACCGUGGCAAUUUCUAUGACUUCACAUCCUUGGUGCGGGAACUUGAUGUUCCUGGGGAAAUUCACGACAGGAAAACGUACCCAUUUGAGUUCUCUACUGUUGAAAUGCCUUAUGAAUCCUACAAUGGAGUCAAUGUAAGGCUUAGGUAUAUUUUGAAAGUAACAAUCAGUCGGAACUAUGUCAGUAACAUCGUGGAGUACCAGGAUUUCUUGGUACGUAACUAUACACCGCUUCCAUCAAUCAACAAUAGCAUUAAGAUGGAAGUGGGUAUUGAGGACUGCCUGCACAUUGAGUUUGAGUACAGCAAAAGCAAAUAUCAUUUGAAGGAUGUUAUCGUUGGAAAAAUCUAUUUCCUUCUUGUUAGAAUCAAGAUAAAAAACAUGGAACUUGAGAUUAGAAGGCGGGAAUCGACAGGGUCAGGGCCUAAUACAUAUGUUGAGACGGAAACCCUAGCCAAAUUUGAGUUGAUGGAUGGUGCUCCUGUCAGAGGUGAGUCGAUCCCUAUUCGACUGUUCUUGAGCCCAUACGAGCUAACACCUACAUACCGUAACAUAAACAACAAAUUCAGCGUCAAGUACUACCUCAACUUGGUCCUCGUGGAUGAAGAAGAUCGCCGCUAUUUUAAGCAGCAAGAGAUCACUGUAUACCGCCUCCAAGAGAACCAAUGAUCUCCUAUCCCAAAUAAUCUUGCCUGCCGAUAUUUGCCUCUUGGCUCAUCUUUUCUAUCCAAUUCUGUGUGUGUUUCAUUGGUGGAGCCUAAGAGUCUUGUAAUUUUUUUAUAUGGAUUUUCAUUUUUGUUGUGCUUUUUUUUUUGGUCUCAUUCUUCUUGGACGACGAUUUAUUUUACUGAAUUGUGUUUGUGAAUACACUCUGAAUUUCAAAUAGCUGGAAAUGACCGUCAAAAUGAGAAAUUAAUGGUGAUGCGGACCAGAGCAAGCUCGAAACUUAGACUGAGGGCUUUUAAAUAGGCCAAGCAUUGAUUUGUUGUUGAGAGAUUAGAGAGAUCUUGCUCUCAAAUUGAUGUUAUAUGGUCAUUGGUCUUCGAAAGCUUGUGUUAUCGA